AUGGUCUCCUCCACUGAAGCACUUUACGGUUUCACGCCUGUCGAGUCAUCGGCACAGAGAUUGCUCUUGUCUGUGAACCCCACUUCUCCUGCCCCCUUCAUCCCAGUCUCGGCAACCCCGAUCCCAGAUACAAGUCUUUCACGACGCAUCGAUGAAUACGCUAGGUCUCAUCUCCCGGUACCGACCUACAAUCACUCUCUUCGGGUAUAUCACUACGGUCUGGCGAUCAAGUCGCACCUCUUCCCCACCUGGGCGUUUACCGAUGAAACUUAUUUCCUGGCUUGUCUUCUACAUGACAUCGGAACAACGGAGACAAAUCUCAAUAGCACCAAAUUGAGCUUUGAGUUCUAUGGUGGUUUCUUGGCCUUGGACGUGUUGCAAAAGUCUCCAGCUUCCGAUCCGGAUGCUGUUGCUUCCCGGGAUCAAGCAGAGAGUGUCGCCGAGGCGAUAAUUCGACACCAGGAUCUAUGCCAGCAGGGAAAGAUUACAGCUGUUGGGCAGCUGCUACAGCUGGCAACUAUUUUCGACAACACUGGUGCUUACUCGGAAUGUGUUCACUCCUCGACCAUUGAAGAUGUCACGAAUCAUUUCCCCCGCAUCAAGUGGAGUCACUGCUUUGUCGCUACAAUCAACAGGGAGAUUGAGCUGAAGCCGUGGUGUCACACCACUACUUUGGGCGAAGACGAGUUUCCGGCCAAAGUGCUUGGAAACAAGUUGAUGGAACCUUUUGAGUAG